AUGGAGAAGCGAUCCACUAAUGCAUCAGCGAAGAGUCAAUCAGCAUCUGAGAAAAAAAUGCGUUAUUACAUUAGUCAUCCACCAAAAAAAGCAAUAACAUUAAUUGAUGUUGAUAAAAAUGUCCUUGUUCAUAAUGUUAUUGAAUUUGCUAAAAGAAAAUUUGGUCUUAAAGUUCAUGGGAGUGAUACAUCAAAAAUCUCAAUUGUUCUUAGUUAUCGUGGUCUUGAUCUUAAACCAAAAUGGUGCAUUUCUGAUUUAAGUAUUCCAUCAGGAGCAAUUAUUCAAUGUGUAUAUCGAGAACAAAAAAUCCCUGAUCUAAAUAUAUAUUGUGGAUAUGCUAAAAAUACGUUAAAAUUAUUUGAUACAUCGAUUACUGGAGAAACAAAAAUUGGUACAAUACGACGAAUAAUUUCAAAUAAAUUAGGUUUACCAUUAAGUACAUUUUGUCUUGAAACAUAUACAGGUACACAACGUUUAUAUGAUGAUAUGAAAUUAAAUGAUUAUGAUAUUAAAAUGCAUGAACAUAUUUAUUUGAAAGUAUGGCAUGGAUUUGAAAAAUUUAUUGCUGCUUGUGUUAAAGGUUUUCUAGAACCUUGUUCACCUGAUGAUCUUACUCGACAUUAUCAAGUACAAGUUGCAUUACAUAUUGCUGCUUUUUAUGGUCAUAUGGCAUUGACAAGUACUGUUUUACGGCAAGGUGCACGAAGUGAUCGUCCAGUAGGAGAACCUCCAUCUCGACAAUGGUCUUCUCGUACUACGAUUAAUAUGUUUCCUGAAAUGCUCAAAUGUCCUAUUCAUAUAGCUAUUGAACGUGGACAUGUUAUAUUAGUUGAUCUUUUAGUUCGCAAUUCCGUUUUAUGUACACAAACACGAGAUCCUGUCACAGGUUUUCUACCUUAUAGAAUAGCACUUACUUAUUCAUCAUCAGCAAAAUCUCCAGAAGAAAAACGAUGUUAUAAUUCAAUUUAUUUUUAUUUAUAUAAUAAACAAUAUAAUCUUAAAAUACCUUUAAAUGCAAAUGGUGAAUUUGUUACAAAUUUAUUAACAUCAGCAAUAAGUACAAAUGCUGUUUAUCGUCCAUCAUCACAUCAUGUAAAUAUUUCGUUACCAUUCUAUUGUAGAAUUAUAAGUUGGUGUGAACGUGCUCGUGAAAAAACAUGGAAAAAAUAUGGUGGACAAAAUUCAACAGUAAUACAAACUAAACGAAUUUAUCCUGAACAAGGUUUACUUGGUUAUAAAGUAUUAAUUGAUGGUUAUAAUAAUACAUUUGAAAUACCAUCGGAACAACUUCAAUUGGUACGAUCUGAUCGAGGUGAUCGGUAUAUUACUUUAACUGAUGAAGAACGAGAAAAACUUAUUCAUACAAAAGCAUUAAUGAAACAAUUCACUUCCGAUGAACGACGACAUUUUAAACAAGCAAUUGCUGCACAUAUUCAUCAAUCUACAUUAUCACCAAUUGGUUCACCAGCAAAUAUAAGGAAAAAUUCAGCCAUAGUACCUCAUGAUACACAAAUUACUAGACCAAACAAACUAACAAUAGAUGGAGACAAUUCAUCAAUUACUAAUGUAUUACCAACAGCGAAUAAUAUUAUUCAAAUACAAGAUAAAUCUAAGGCAACAACAAAUAUAUUUCGACCAACAUCACGUAUUACAGUUACCAAUGAAAAAGACAAACAAACAUUACCUAUGAUUACUUCUCUACCAUCAAAUGCUUCAUCAGCACUUUCAAAUUUAACAGAUGAUGUAGAAUCAGUUAUUAAUAAUACUCAAGAAGCUUUUCAAAAGACAAUGUCAUCAGCUGAUGCUUAUUUAUUAUCAUCGGCUCGUCUUUCUCGCGAAAUGGAACAGUAUUAUGCCUCUAGAAAACGUGAACUACUUACUCAAAUCGAACAAUCAGUACAUGAACAACAACAUUCUCCUGAAGGAUCUAUUUCACAAUCAAUUACUCCAUUGAGUAAUUCACGUCCUAUUACUCGUAGUUCGAUUGUUGAUGUUGAUGCAUGUUUACCGCUACCUGAUCAACCAGUUAGUAUUGGUUCAAGUUCAAUAAAAUCUCAUCUUGAUCUUGAAGUUUAUCAAUCAACAAUUAAAGCAUAUGAACGAUAUUCAAGUGCAUCAACACGAUCAACAGCUAUUAAUUGUUUACAAGAAGCGAAUCAUUUUAAAAAUAAACCAUGGAUGAAACAAGUUGAAAUAAGUAAAGAAAUUGUUAAACAUAAAGUUCAACGACGUAUUGGUCGUGCUGAUGAAACAGAUAAAAAAUCACCAUUAUUACCUCAUCGUACUUCUGCUACUCCAACUGCAUCACCACGUCAUAAAUCACAUACAGCUAAAGCUAAUUAA